CCUCCUGCCCCAGCCUGAGGGCCUAGAACUCACGGCCGCCUGCAAUGCAGCCUGUGGCUGCCAGCUGGAGCACUACAACCCCGUGUGCGGCUCUGACGGCGUCCUGUACUUCUCGCCCUGCCACGCAGGGUGCCCUGCGACAGCCGAGACUAGCCCAGGUGGCCGGAAGGUCUACCGAAACUGUAGCUGCGUCUCUCAGAACUUUUCCUCUGGUUUUGGCCACGCUACUGCAGGGAAAUGUACCUCAGCUUGUCAGACAAAGCCCCUCCUUCUGGUUUUCGUAUUCGUUGUUAUUUUCUUCACAUUCCUCAGCAGCAUUCCUGCGCUCACAGCAACUUUACGGUGUGUCUCUGACCAGCAGAGAUCCUUCGCCCUGGGAAUCCAGUGGAUCGUAGUUAGAACACUAGGGGGCAUCCCCGGGCCCAUCGCCUUCGGCUGGGUGAUUGACAAGGCGUGCCUUCUGUGGCAGAACCAGUGCGGCCACCAGGGUUCCUGCUUUGUGUAUCAGAACGCGGCCAUGAGCCGGUACAUGCUCAUUGCGGGGCUCGUGUACAAGGUGCUGGGCUUCCUCUUCUUUGCCAUUGCCUGCUUCCAGUACAAGCCCCCAUCGGGGUCUUCGGACGGCUCAGAAGAUUCUCUGCCCAGCCAGUCCUCAGCCUCCAACAACGCCAUGGACCUCCAGCUCCAGAGCAACAUCUGAGCCCUUCCCCACCCCCGGGGACACAGCAGCCACUGAGCAUCCCCUGAGAG